AUGUUUCAAUCAUUGAAGAACAUAACUUCAUUGAAGUCUUCCAUUAAAGGAUUCAAUACCAUCAAAUCCAGAUGGAUAUCAUAUCCUGGAGCUGAGUUACUCAAGAAAUUUGAUGGAGAAAUUGGCCAUAAAUUAGUAGACGUUUCUAAAGUACUUGUUAUUGGGUCAGGUGGUUUAUCAAUUGGUCAAGCAGGAGAAUUCGAUUAUUCUGGAUCCCAAGCCAUUAAAGCUUUAAAAGAAGCUAACAAACAAUCUAUUUUAAUUAAUCCUAACAUUGCUACUAAUCAAACAUCUCAUGCUUUAGCUGAUGAGAUUUAUUACUUACCAGUUACUGCUGAAUAUAUCACUUAUAUUAUUGAAAGAGAAAGACCUGAUGGGAUUCUCUUAACUUUCGGUGGUCAAACUGGGUUAAAUGUUGGGGUUAAAUUGGAUAAAAUGGGUGUUUUCGAUAGAUAUAAUGUUAAAGUCUUAGGUACACCUAUUAAGACUUUAGAAACUAGUGAAGAUAGAGAUUUAUUUGCUCAAGCUUUGAAAGAAAUUGAUAUUCCAAUUGCUGAAUCCAUUGCUGUUGAAACUGUUGAUGAUGCUUUAAAAGCUGCAGAAAACAUUGGUUAUCCAAUCAUUGUUAGAUCAGCUUAUGCUUUAGGAGGUCUUGGAUCAGGUUUUGCUAAUAAUCCUCAAGAGUUAAGAGAUUUGUCUUCUCAAUCAUUAUCUUUAGCUCCACAAAUCUUAGUUGAAAAAUCUUUGAAAGGUUGGAAAGAAGUUGAAUAUGAAGUUGUUAGAGAUAGAGUUGGUAAUUGUAUUACUGUUUGUAAUAUGGAAAAUUUCGAUCCUUUAGGUAUUCAUACUGGUGAUUCUAUCGUUGUUGCACCAUCUCAAACAUUAAGUGAUGAAGAAUAUCAUAUGUUAAGAUCAGCUGCUAUUAAGAUUAUUAGACAUUUAGGUGUUGUUGGGGAAUGUAAUGUUCAAUAUGCCUUACAACCAGAUGGUUUAGAUUAUAGAGUUAUUGAAGUUAAUGCUAGAUUAUCAAGAUCUUCCGCUUUAGCUUCUAAAGCUACUGGUUAUCCUUUAGCUUAUACUGCUGCUAAAAUCGCUUUAGGUUAUACUCUUCCUGAAUUACCUAAUCCGGUCACUAAAACUACCACUGCUAAUUUCGAACCUUCUUUAGAUUAUAUGGUCACUAAGAUUCCAAGAUGGGAUUUAAGUAAAUUCCAACAUGUUAAAAGAGAUAUUGGUUCAGCUAUGAAAUCUGUUGGUGAAGUUAUGGCUAUUGGUAGAAACUUUGAAGAAUCAUUCCAAAAAGCUAUUAGACAAGUUGAUCCAUCAUUUGUUGGAUUCCAAGGUGAUAAAUUUGAUGAUUUAGAUGAAGCUUUAGCUAAUCCUACUGAUAGAAGAUGGUUAGCUGUUGGUCAAGCUUUAUUGCAUGAAAAUUAUACUGUUGAUCAAGUUCAUGAAUUGUCUAAGAUCGAUAAAUGGUUCCUUCACAAGUUAAUGAACAUUGUUAACAUGUACAGAGAAUUAGAAUCUGUUGGAUCUUUAAGUGGAAUUAACAGUGAUUUGAUGGAAAGAGCUAAGAAAUUAGGUUUUUCUGAUAAACAAAUUGGUUUAUGUGUUGGAGCUAAAGAAUUAGAAGUCAGAAGUGUCAGAAAAUCUUUUGGUAUUGUACCAUUUGUUAAGAAAAUUGAUACUUUAGCUGCUGAAUUCCCUGCUAACACCAAUUAUUUAUACACCACUUAUAACGCUUCUUCAUCAGAUGUUGAAUUUGAUGAAAAUGGAACUAUGGUUUUAGGUUCUGGAGUUUACAGAAUUGGUUCAUCAGUCGAAUUCGAUUGGUGUGCUGUUUCUACUGCUAGAGCUUUAAGAGAAUCUGGCCGUAAAACUAUCAUGAUCAAUUAUAAUCCAGAAACUGUUUCAACUGAUUUCGAUGAAGUCGAUAGAUUAUAUUUUGAAGAAUUAUCCUUAGAAAGAGUUUUAGAUAUUUAUGAAUUAGAAAACUCUGCAGGUGUUGUCGUUAGUGUUGGUGGUCAAUUACCUCAAAACAUCGCUUUAGGCUUACAAGAUAAUGGUUGUAAUGUUUUAGGUACUAAUCCUGAAGAUAUUGAUAAAGCUGAAGAUCGUCAUAAAUUCUCCCAAAUCUUGGAUUCUAUUGGAGUUGAUCAACCUCAAUGGAAAGAAUUAACUUCUAUUGAAGAUGCUGAAAUUUUUGCUAAUGAAGUUGGUUAUCCAGUAUUAGUUCGUCCUUCAUAUGUGUUAUCAGGAGCUGCUAUGUCAGUUAUCAAUAAUGAAACUGAAUUAGCUUCCAAAUUAUCUAAUGCUUCUAAAGUUUCUCAAGAUCAUCCAGUUGUUAUCUCCAAGUUCAUUGAAGGUGCUCAAGAAAUUGAUAUUGAUGCUGUUGCCAGUAGUGGAGAAGUUUUGGUCCAUGCCGUUUCAGAACAUGUUGAAAAUGCUGGUGUUCAUUCUGGUGAUGCUACUUUGGUUUUACCACCUCAAGAUUUAUCACCUGUUAUCAUGGGUAGAUUAAAGGAAAUCGCCGAUAAAGUUGCUUAUGCUUGGAAAAUUACCGGUCCUUUCAAUAUGCAAAUCAUCAAGAAUGAUAAUAAUGGUACUUUAAGUGAUGAAGAAUGUGAAUUGAAAGUUAUUGAAUGUAAUAUCAGAGCUUCCAGAUCAUUCCCAUUCGUUUCCAAAGUCUUAGGUAUUAAUUUCAUUGAAGUUGCCGUUAAAGCUUUAAUUAAAGAAAACAUCCCUGUUCCACAAGAUUUAAUGAACCAAUCAUUUGAAAGAGUUGCUACUAAAGUUCCUCAAUUCUCAUUCACUAGAUUGGCAGGAGCUGAUCCUUUCUUAGGAGUUGAAAUGUCAUCAACAGGAGAAAUUGCUUGUUUCGGUAAAGAUAAAUUAGAAGCUUAUUGGACUUCUAUCCAAUCAACUAUGAACUUUAAUUUACCAGUUGCUGAACAAUCUAUCUUAUUCGGUGGAGAUUUAACCAAUGAUAAAUUAGGUAAUGUUGCUAAAACCAUCUCAUCUUUAGGUUAUAAAUUCGUUACUGCUGAUGAAGAAACCAAAGCUUAUUUAAGUAAAUAUUCCCAACAACCAGUUGAAAUCAUUGAAUUUCCUAAAACCGAUAAGAGAGCUUUAAGAGAAAUCUUCCAAAAACAUGACAUUGGAGCAGUGUUCAAUUUAGCUAAAAAGAGAGCUGAUAAUUUAUUAGACAAAGAUUACAUCAUGAGAAGAAAUGCCAUUGAUUUUGCCAUUCCUUUAUUCAAUGAACCUAAUACUGCAUUACUUUUCGCUCAAUGUUUGGAAAAAUACAUUGGUGAUAAACCAAACUUUGAUGCUAUUCCUGAAUCUUUCACUAUUCCACAAGAAGUGAAAAGAUGGAGUGAAUUCAUUGGAGGAAAGCCUGUCUAG